UCUCACCGUGGUCAGUUGUAAUCUGGUUCCUCUCCUGGAAACUCCAAGGACAUUGGUCAACGCCUGGGAACAGUGGAGCUGGGGGACUGUGCCUCUCAGCAUUUCCUACUCUGGCCACUGAAAUGGAAGAAAAUGCCAACACCAGCUUGGAAGAAGACUUUGAAGGACAGGCAACACACACAGGUCCUAAAGGUGUGAUCAAUGACUGGAGGAAGUUCAAAUUAGAGAGUGAAGAUGGAGACUCCUUACCCCUGAGUAAGAAAGAAAUGCUUAGACAAAUGUCUUCACCACACAGAUCUUUCAGCAGAGAUGAUAAAGACACCAGAGAGAGAUUCUGCCGUAAGAUGAGCAUGCAGGAGUACGAGUUGAUUCAUGCCGCACAGGAGGACGAAAGCUGCCUACAGCAAUACCGCAAACGCUGCAUGCAGGACAUGCACCAGCGCCUCAGCUUUGGCCCCAAGUUUGGCUUCCUGUGCGAGCUGCAGAAUGGGGAACAGUUCCUGGAUGCCGUGGAGAAGGAGCACAAAACCACCACGGUCAUCGUGCACAUUUACGAGGAUGGCAUCAAGGGCUGUGAGGCCCUCAACAGCAGCCUGACCUGCCUGGCUGCUGAGUACCCCACCGUCAAGUUCUGCAAGAUCAAGGCCUCCAGCACGGGCGCCGGGGAUCGCUUCUCCAGUGAGGUGCUCCCCUCCCUACUGGUCUACAAGGCCGGGGAGCUCCUGAGCAAUUUCAUUAGUGUUUCUGAACAGUUCAGUGAGGAGUUUUUUGCUGUGGAUGUGGAAGCUUUCCUAAAUGAGUAUGGGCUGCUACCUGAGAGGGAGCUUCCAACGCUGGGAAAUGGCACGGAUGAGCCAGAUGUUGAAUAACUAGAGCCAGAGUCCUUACUGCCCUUUCCUCUUCACUCAGCUGUGAACCAAUGUCAGUAACACCCACCCCACUUAGAGAAGGCUGUCUUUGCUGACUUACUUGUAACAAAGAUAUAAAAAUUGUUUAACUGUUAGCAUGUGAAUUCUUCUUACAACACAUACAGCUGGCAGACCUGUACAUAUUUCUAUGCCAGCCACAAGUACUAGGAAGAACAGCAGUGAUAUUUAAGAAAUAUAGGUAAAACAAAUGAAAAUAUGAGGGCCCAUGCCUGCCUCCACAAAGCACAAGUCCUUCAUCUCAGUGGGAACAGGACUGGUCCAUCCCUCUCUAACGCAAAGCACCAUCUCCAUGCUCUGGAGUUAUAGCAAGUCCUGGCUCAUGAUUCACUUCUACCAACUUUGGCAGAAACAAGCAAUUUGAAGGACAAAUACCCCAAAGUCCUUGCAUUCCUAAAUGGCUCAAGUAUCUAGGUCAUUAUUUCAUUCUACAUUUAAUACUCAAUACUGAUGCAAAGAGAGAAGUUAGCUCGGUGCUCCUGUAAGUUUUUCACCCAAACAGCUGACAUAGACACAGCAUCACUGAUUUCAGUUCAUCAGUGCUCCCUAUGCUGAGCAGCAGCAUUUAAAAUGCCUGUAAGUUUCUGGAAAAGUAUGUUAUGCUUAUGUAAUAACUCUGAAUAAAGCUUAUCAGCACUCAAAACCUA